AUGGCCAGCUUCGCGCGUUUUGCUCAACUGCCUAAAGAGCUGCGGGAUAUGGUAUGGGAAUAUGCUAGUCAACGCGACGUUGCCGGCGUCCAGAUCUUUGAAUUACGGCCUCCCGAACCGACGGAAGAUGGCGAAACUUCUGACGCCACGACCUCGGGUGCUCGACCGCCUAGACAACAACUCGCUGCGCCAUUGCGGAGCAAAUGCUUCCCUUCUAUUGAUGGAGGCCCAGGAGAUUCGAAUGUCUCUAGAUACAUGGCCGACAUCGGAUUAUGGACUGCCUGUAAAGAGUCGCGGGAAGUCAUGGAGAAGACCACUCAGCGAACAAAUAGAAUACCUGAAAGGGGAGCAAGGCAAGAAUAUAGGUUCAACUGGGGUGAUCUCCCUUCCGACACUUCACAGCCUUUUAUGGUUCAACUCCACAAAGAUCUCAUUGUGCUCCAGCCCAGCAAAAUCGAGGACAUCAACUGGUCCCAGAUCGCCCAUGACAUCGGAGAGCAUUUUGAUCCCAGAUAUUCCUGGCACGGAAUCAAUAUUGGAAUAGAAUGGAAAGUCCAGUGGGGAAUCAACAAAGAGGAUGAUGAUUUCAACCUGUUGUGCCAGGCCUUUCACGAUCUCGAUGCUCAAUUAUGGAUAAUUGACCAUAACCUCAAAAGAAAAGAAGACAUGGACAAGAAUAAAACAGACGGCGGCACUGAAGCUUUCUAUACUUGCGACAGGAAGUUCCUAGAGGUCGAUUGGAGACAUAAACCUUUCGAACGCUGGCGACAUGUCAGACCACCACCUGCAGAAACAAGAUAUGGCAAGCCUGAGUGUUCGACUAGUCUGGCGAAGGGACUAGACUGUAUAGAAGAUGAUUCACAUAGCCGAUAUAUCUUGUAUGGGCAGUAUGGAGAAGAGGGAGAUGACCGAUUUAUGUGGCAGAUUAGACUUCUAGGCUGGGACGACCUAUGA